GAUACAAUCAGUCUUUUGUACGAUUUCCAACAGUUCAGUUCAAAAUGUUAAAAUUUAUUCUCGCCGCCGUCGUAAUCCCGGUGCUGUCCGUAACCAGCUCAACGCCCUUCCGAAGCUGCCCCGGUGGCGCCCCUGUCCCGCAGGAGUUCAACAUCCAGGGUUGUACCGCGCUACCGUGCACCCUAUACCGUGGCCAACCGCUGACGGCCGAAGCUCGCGGCAUUGUCAGCCAGGUGUCGACGAACUCCGUCGAGGCGUACAUCAACGUGUUUUUGCAGGAAAUCGACCUGGAGUACCCGAUCACACCGGAGUUCGCCGAUGCUUGCGCGCGCGGAAUCCGGUCCUGCCCGCUGGUCGCCGGUCAACGGUUCGAGUAUGUGUUCGAGAAGACCAGCCUGGACAUUCAGCUGAACGGGAUCGCCGUGCUGAUCCGGGUCGGGCUGCGCUAUCAGGCCAUGCCGGUGGCGUGUGUCGAGUUUGAUGCUAUAAUUUUCUAGGGAAAGAUAAUAAAUCUAUUAACUUAA